AUGGAAAGCUCAAAUCAGUAUGUCACAACCGGUAUAGAUCCGAAACCUAGUAACAACCCAUUUCAUAACCCCUUUCACCGCCGUCAUUCCAGAAAGCCUGUGGCUCAGGAUGGUCGCGAUAGUCCAGGUUCGCCUAAUGUAGUUCCUGUUCUACACAGAAGCCAGUCUACCCAAGCAGAACCACAAAGUCCUAGCCAAAGCCCUCGACAACAUCACCACCAUCAGCAAAUGCUCGAGGAGUACAAUCAAGGUCGAGAUUCUUAUGACUAUAACGGCCGGCAUCAACCCCACAGACACCAUCGACACAAUUUUUCAAACGCUUCAGCAGAUUCUCAUGUUAGCAGCGGAAAUGGUAGAAGUGCUCGACCCGAACAUGGUGAGUAUGUGUCUGUAGUGUCACCAUCUCCUGUACAUGUCCCAGCACCGCAAUUAAUGCAGCAGUCGCCAAUCGAGGGUCAAAUUACCGUUGUUGUGCCACAACUUCAGGCACAGGCAUUGGCACAAGCCCAGGCUCAGGUUCAAGCCAGGACACAGAAUGUACCAGUUUCACACAUCCCAGCUCAGGCUGGUGGUCUUGGCCCUGCAUUUGCACCAAAACCAGCUGUGUCAGCUGUUCCUGUAGGUGGUGUACCAUCGCGACCAGUGUCAAAUAUGAACGAAUAUGCUCCAGAAAUCGCAUCAUCUUCCGAGGAAUGGAAAGAGAGGGGUGCUGCUACCAUUAUUAAAUCAGAGGUGGAUGAAUCAGGUCAUACAACUACAACUCUUAUUAAAAAGGGCGUCAAGGACUUCACUUUUGGCCAAACGCUUGGUGAAGGUUCAUACUCGACAGUUGUAGCUGCUUCCGACAGACAAACUCUUCGCGAAUAUGCUAUCAAGGUACUGGAUAAGCGACACAUCAUUAAGGAAAAGAAAGUCAAAUACGUGAAUAUUGAGAAGAACAGUUUGAAUAGACUAGGGGACCACCCUGGUAUUAUCAAGUUGUAUUAUACAUUUCAAGAUGAGCGUAGUCUUUAUUUUGUUCUUGAUUUCGCCUCAAACGGUGAAUUGCUAUCCCUAAUAAAACAGAUGGGCUCUUUGGACGAAGACUGCACAAGGUACUACGGUGCCCAGAUCUUGGACGCUGUGGAUUUCAUGCAUUCUAAAGGUGUCAUUCAUCGAGAUUUGAAACCAGAAAAUAUCCUGCUGGAUUAUAAAAUGCGCCUCAAAAUCACCGAUUUUGGAACUGCCAAACUACUCGACCCAAUUAAAGAUGAUAGCGGUAAAGAAGUCUAUCCAGAGGAAGUUCGUACAACUUCGUUUGUAGGAACUGCUGAAUAUGUUUCACCAGAGUUACUUACUGAUAAGGCUACCGAUAAACGUUCAGAUAUUUGGGCUUUUGGAUGCAUCAUUUAUCAAAUGAUAGCUGGUAGACCCCCUUUUAAAGCAGCAAACGAGUAUCAGACCUUUCAGAAAAUUGUCAAGUUGCAAUAUUCGUAUCCACCCGGAUUCCCGUAUAUGGUACGUGACUUGGUCAAGAAGUUGCUUGUACUGAAUCCAAAAAAUAGACUGGACCUGAAUCAGAUUAAGAAGCAUGAUUUUUUUGCUGGUGUAGAAUGGGAUCUUCAUAGUAUUUGGAAAAAGCCUCCACCAAGACUGAUGCCAUACAAGGCCUCUGCAAAGUCGAUUUCAAAUCCACGUCUUGUAUCGAAUCCUGCUAAUCGCUUGUUGCCAUCUCAAAUGAAAUUGAAUGCCGGACAACAGUCGGCUGCUGCUAGACCAGUAGCUCGACAAGGAAUACCUAGUGGAGGAGUUCGUGCUUCGGCAGCAGCAGCAGCAGCUCUUGGUAAACCAUUAACUAGACAGGCACCACCUGCACAUCCUGGAAAAGCUUCGCCAAAUUUGCAAAGUGUCGGCGCACCAGUAUCAACACCAUCAUCUACCUCAUCUGCUGCUGUAGCGGGCGCAACGACAACGACUCCAGCAUCACCUGCCAAGCCCAGGCCAUCAGUAGCAACUCUCAAGGCAACCGAAUCGUUGAAAGCACUUAAAAGAGCCCAGUCUCAACCAGUUGUACCAAUAGUAACGACCAACUAUGCUGCUCAAAAGAAGCAGAGAGCUCCAUCCACUCCGACAGAUUUACAACCACCACAGAAUCGUAAUGGCGGUAUUGGCAUGCCUGGUGGAGGUGUUUCUAGGGUGAAAACACCCGAUAUCAAAAGUAGCCCGGCAGGUGUUUCAACCCCUGGAACACCUCCAAAUGCGUCUCCAAAGCUAAUCAUUCCACCUGUAUCACAAGUAGAUGCCGACUUUGCUUCUCUUCUAACUCACCAUGAAGAGCGAAUCUUGAAAAUUGCCAAUAUACCUGUGAUUACUUCCGGUGCCAUGGGGUACAACGAGAACGAAGACGAUGACCGAGAACCUGGAAUCAUCAGCAAGUUUUUUAACGGUGGAGCUACAAAACGCAAGCGUCGUAUUGUUAUCGUUACUAGUGCAGCAAGACUGUUAGUGUGCGAUGAGGACAGGCGACUUAGGCUGGAUAUUCCUAUUGGACUGCCGCAAGUGAGUAUUCGUGAGCUACAGUUCAAUAAGAAGACCAAUACUGGAGCAUUCGUGGUCGAAGCUCAACAUAAAUGCAUCACAGUUGAAGACGCUUCAGGAACGUCUGAAUGGAUGGCAGCCAUCGCACUGGCCCGUGAAUAUUACGCUCAAGCAACUGCUCUUUCUGAAAGUAAUGCUACGACAGCAGCUACCGCAGCAGCAAUUGCUGUUGGCGGAGGCCGUCCUCCUAGAGGUCGCACACCAUCUAGUGCGACUAGCGAGGCUGGUUCCAGACUUGUUAACACUAGCAAUUCUACGUUCCUCCAGAAGAACGAAGAACGACGCAGUCUAAGGCGAAAAGUAUAA